CAACAACUACUUCUUCUCAAAAAAAAAAAAAAAACAACAACAACAACAAUAUGGCUCUGAAGAACACCUUCACGCCCAUCCCGUCCCUAUGCUCAAUCCCAACUCUCUUCAUCUCUCUCACCCUCAUCUGCACUCUCUACGUCACCCUCUUCUUCCUCUUCUCCAACCCCCAAACCCAAACCCAAGCCCCCCUUCACCACCUCAAAGUCUACAUCUCCGACCUCCCCAGAUCCCUCAACUAUGGCCUCUUAGACACCUACUAUUCCUCCUCCACCUUCGACUCUCGUCUCCCAAAUAAUCCCCACCACAAAACCCACAUCCCCAAAAACCUCAAAUUCCCUCCUUACCCUGAAAACCCACUCAUCAAACAGUACAGCGCUGAGUAUUGGAUCAUGGCUGACCUCAUGACCCCCGACAACCUACGAACCAGCUCGUUUGCCAAACGGGUUUUCGAUCUUAACCAAGCUGAUGUCGUUUUUGUCCCCUUUUUUGCCACUUUAAGCGCUGAGUUACAGCUUGGAACAAACAAGGGAGUGUUUAGGAAAAAGGUUGAUGAGAACAAGGACUAUGAGAGGCAGAGAGAGGUUCUCGAUUUCGUUACCAAAAGUCAAGCUUGGAACCGUUCCGGUGGCCGAGACCAUGUCUUUGUUCUCACUGACCCAGUUGCAAUGUGGCAUGUCAGAGCUGAGAUAGCCCCAGCUAUUCUCCUUGUGGUAGAUUUUGGCGGAUGGUUCCGGCUUGACUCAAAAUCAUCCAAUAGUAGCACACCAGAUAUGAUUCAACACACCCAAGUUUCACUACUCAAAGAUGUUAUUGUUCCAUACACCCAUCUACUACCUAGAUUGCAAUUAUCAGAAGACCAAAGACGCCAAACGCUUCUUUAUUUUAAAGGGGCUAAACAUAGGCACCGGGGAGGCAUAGUUCGAGAGAAAUUGUGGGACCUGUUGGUUAAUGAACCAGGUGUUAUUAUGGAAGAAGGCUUCCCUAAUGCUACUGGGAUGGAGCAGUCAAUUAGAGGGAUGAGAACAUCAGAGUUCUGCUUGCACCCAGCUGGGGACACUCCCACUUCAUGCCGACUUUUUGAUGCCAUUCAAAGUCUCUGUAUACCUGUUAUUGUCAGUGAUAACAUUGAGCUCCCAUUUGAAGGUAUGGUAGAUUAUUCAGAGUUCUCAGUUUUUGUGGCAGUUAAUGAUGCUUUAAGGCCAAAUUGGCUAGUGGGUUAUCUCAAAAGCUUUUCUGAGGAGCAGAAGAAUAAAUUUCGACAAAUUAUGGCUCAUGUUCAGCCUAUUUUUGAAUAUGACAACGGGCAUCCAGGAGGUAUUGGGCCAAUUAAUCCUGAUGGUGCUGUGAAUCACGUAUGGAAAAAGGUUCAUCAGAAAUUGCCCAUGAUUAAGGAAGCCAUAGUCCGAGAGAAAAGAAAACUACCUGGUGUAUCAAUUCCACUUCGCUGUCAUUGUACCUAAAAUCAAAGUUUAAUUUCUCUAUUCAUUCUCUUGUAUUCUAUUUAGCUACUGAUAAGAUUAUGAUCCACCAGUCAUGUGAGACAUAUUCUUGAAUGCCCUUUACCUUUUAUUCUUACAAUGUUUUUUAUUCGUUAAA